UCAGAACAGCUGCUUCUGUGUUCCCUCCGGCCAAUCAGAGGCGAGCAGGUUUGACGUCCCCGCGGCCUACGUCGACCAAUGGCGAUCGAGCUGAGUUGGAGCAGAGAAGUUUGAGUAAGAGAUAAGGAAGAGGCUGGUGGCCGCUGCGCCCUGAGUCCCGCAUAGUGCAGAGCCUCUGCCGCUUGCUUCCUGAUACUGACUUUGCCUAUGCCGGUGUGGGGGGUGUUACUUUUCCCCCUCACGUUUUUCUUUUGAAAGAAUCGUCGUCGUCGUCGUCGUCAUAGUAAUAAAGGAACAAACUAAUCCCAGCUUCUUGGACUGAUCCUCAGAGCUACAGAUCAAGCUGCCAGUCUCCCCUCCUUUUGACAGCAUCUCCCACUUAAAAGAAGCAACAGCUUUUUUUUACCUUGGCGAAGCUCCGUCGCAACCGUGCACCAUUUCACUGUGGACAUUAUACCCUCUUACAGAUAUGGGAGAUAUGGGAGACCCACCGAAAAAAAAACGGCUGAUUUCCCUAUGCGUCGGUUGCGGCAAUCAAAUCCACGAUCAGUAUAUUCUGAGAGUUUCGCCGGAUUUGGAAUGGCACGCGGCCUGUUUGAAGUGCGCGGAAUGUAAUCAGUAUUUGGACGAGACUUGUACGUGCUUUGUUAGGGAUGGGAAAACCUACUGUAAGAGAGACUAUAUCAGGUUAUACGGCAUCAAGUGCGCCAAGUGCAACAUCGGCUUCAGCAAGAACGACUUCGUGAUGCGGGCCCGCUCCAAAGUAUACCACAUCGAGUGCUUUCGCUGCGUGGCCUGCAGCCGCCAGCUCAUCCCUGGGGACGAGUUCGCGCUCCGGGAGGACGGCCUCUUCUGCCGAGCGGACCACGACGUGGUGGAAAGGGCCAGCCUCGGCGCGGGGGACCCCCUCAGCCCCCUGCACCCCGCCAGGCCGCUGCAGAUGGCAGCAGAACCUAUAUCUGCCAGGCAGCCCGCUCUCAGGCCGCACGUCCAUAAACAGCCAGAGAAGACCACCCGCGUCCGAACCGUCCUCAACGAGAAACAGCUCCACACCUUGAGGACCUGCUACGCUGCCAACCCCAGGCCCGAUGCCCUCAUGAAAGAGCAACUGGUGGAAAUGACGGGACUCAGCCCCAGGGUCAUCCGGGUCUGGUUUCAAAACAAGCGCUGCAAGGACAAAAAGAGGAGCAUCAUGAUGAAACAGCUCCAGCAGCAGCAGCCCAACGACAAGACGAACAUCCAAGGGAUGACGGGCACUCCCAUGGUGGCGGCUAGUCCGGAGAGACACGACGGGGGCUUGCAGGCCAACCCAGUGGAGGUGCAGAGUUACCAACCGCCCUGGAAAGUCCUGAGCGACUUCGCCUUGCAGAGUGACAUAGAUCAACCGGCUUUUCAGCAACUCGUUAAUUUUUCAGAAGGAGGCCCAGGUUCCAAUUCAACCGGAAGUGAGGUAGCAUCCAUGUCCUCUCAACUCCCGGAUACACCUAACAGCAUGGUAGCCAGUCCUAUUGAGGCAUGAGGAACAGUCCUUACGAUGGUGUGGUCCUUGAAUCUUUUCGCCCCCUGCUGGAGAGAGUGGGAAAGCUGUCACGUUGGGGUACUUGAGAAAAAAAAUAGAAAAGUAAAGAAAAGAAGAAAAGUAUUUAAAUACAACUGUGUUCAUGAACCUAAAGCAAAGAAAAACUCCAUGCACUGUCUGGGGAGUCUCGUUUGUUCGUUUUGUUUUUUGUUUUGUUUUGUUUUGUUUUGCAAUGAUAAGGUAGCAACACUGUGAAGACAAUCAUGGGAUCUUACUAGAAUAAUACUCAUUAAAAGCAAAUGAAAAUGCUUUCUUUUUAAAAAUAAUAAUACUCUAACCCCCCAAAAAGAUCGUAGGAAGAUCAAGAAGGAUUUUUUUAAAAAAAGACGUUUGUGAAACGUAGAGGACUUGGACCUUAGGAUCUCUAUCCUUUCCCAAAUGGCAUCGUUCAGUGACUGCACAUCACCCAGAAAACGCCUAGUGUGACCGCCCCAACUCGAAUGGUGCUCUUCCUAUACUGGCCUUCUCCCUUGCCAACCCCCCCCCCAACAAAAUAAUAUCUAUCUAUAUAUCUUUAAAAAGGAACUCUGAUAGGUUGUGUUUCCCAAGAUCAACAAAGGACAAUCGCUCCUCUCUCCCUCCCACCCCCCUUCACGACAGAAGAACGAGCCAUUCAGAAGGUGGAGCAGCAAGCGGUUUGGAAUUUCUCUGUUGUUGAUGUUUUUUCCCAGUUGACUUUUUGCAACAAGGAGGUUGUGGGAACGUCUGGGUCUCUCUCUCUCCCCAAUAGCAUGUACUGUAGCUUUCCCCUCUCUUCUCCCCUUUCUUUCUUUUCAGGGGUGGGGUGGGGGUUCUGUGGAAAUCCAUCUUCUCUCCAGAGACUUAUUUUAAUUAUUAAUUUAAAGGAGGGAGUGGGUUUUUUAUUUUUAUUUUUAAAAAAUAACAUCCCAAUUUAAAUCUUCAUUCGCAACAAGGUAUACCUCUCUUCGGCCACACAUGGAAACCGUCUCUUGGGGCUGUGUUUUUGACUGGCAUCCGUUCAGUAACAUUCCCCUUCCUUUCCCCAAAGAUGUGUAUAGUUCUUGGCUAAAAAAAAAAAGUUUUUUUAAGAAUGUUUUUUUUUUUUUUAAUGGACUGGGUUUCUCUCUCACGUUCUCUCUUUUGCUGGAAAUAAAGAGGGGGAAAUACUUUUUUGUUUGUUUUGCUCUCGCAUUGCAAAAAUUAUAAAAGUAAUUUAUUAUUUAUUAUCCGAAGACUUGCCACUUUUUCAUGUCCUGGUUUGCGGUGUGUGUGUGUGGAUGGGGGGUUGGUUGGCCUGUUUUGCUUUCUUUCGCUUGCAGGUUUUAUGGGGCGCGAUCCACGCGGGGCAGUUCUACCCUGCAAGCCCCCACUGGAUGGAUGGAUGGAUGGUUGGGGGGUAGAUAGUUCUUGUCCAGGAGAAUGUAGCGGUGCAUUGAUCCCAAAGAAAGAAUGAAGGGUGGGGAAGGGUUUUUUGUUUGCUUGUUCUUUUUUUUUUUUUUUAGCGUGGUCUUUGAAAUUCAUGUCAAAUUCUUUAUGGGACUCCCCCUCCCCCUUUUGAUCUUUUUAAUUUUCUCUCCUUAAGUAUUAUGUGAAAUAAAAAAGCCGUAUGUAGAAUGA